UGAAGCACCACCUGAGUGGCUAUACGGGGAAACGCCGGUUUAGAGGACACACACGUUUUAAAACCCGUCCGUGUAUUUCCUCCCUAUCAACGUCAACGAACCACACAAACAUUUGGAGAGGGGAGAGGCUCGUUAACAGGAGGGAAAAGUCCGUGGAAAUCACCGACGAUUUGGGGCAGCCUAGAAUGAACUCACCCAUUCAGGGGGACACCACAGUGGCAAGCUGCACGCCUAGGGUGGCUGGCGACUCGUCUAUUAUGUGCUGAAAAUACAUGAGGGAAAAGGGGCGCUACACAAAGGGAAUAACUCUGCAUAUCGUACCGGUAGACCCUCGGAGAUGCUGUGAACCCACCGAGAGUUCCACCGCGCUGCUCUCGGGAAGAGGCGACACAUCCCACCGAAGGCUCGCCCGUGAGGCUACGAUGGAAAGCGGCGUCAUGGCCAAGGUGGGCAGGUCGAUAUUCUACUACAGCGAGCCCGAAAUAUCGGACGGCUCCCGCGCUAACUCGGCAGAAUCGCUAUGCUCCGAUGACUCGAGUUUAUCAGCGAACGAGCCCGUAGCGGGCGUGAGUACGGGCAGCCUUCCCUGCCGAGGCCACCACGGACGGGAGCGGUUUAUCGCAGUCCCCGGCCCCGACGGGGUCACCCUCGCACAGCUUACUCACUCCGGCUUUCUCAAAGCCUUUCCACAAAAUCCGCUUAGCCGCCGAGGCUCGGAGGAUAUGCUAAGCAAAGAUAAAGACUCUGACACGGAAUCGUGCAAAAGCGGAGGAGUUACAGCAGCGCCUGCCAGCAAACGUACCAGCAUACCAAGAAGGUCUUCUACGGGUUCGUACGAGAUGUCAACGGCCCGGAGGAAACUGGUAGCGGCUCGGCAAAAACUCGGGCGAAAGGCGACAGGAUCUUUCAGAAGCACUGCUGACAAGACAUCGCAAAGUGACGACGACAGCAGUCGCUGCAGUACUAUAAGACGCGCUAAACACGGAGACUUGAAGAGAUCGCUGAGCCCUCAGCUGGGCAGGUACAUCAAGAGUUACCUCCUGCGGCAGGGCAGUCCCAAACACGCACUGCUGAGAGCCAGUCAUAUACAUGCUACGUCGGAAGCUGACGUGAAACCACCCAUGAACCAGAGAAGACUCGUGGCGUUACGGAGGGACCCGAUCAUUGGAUAUGGCUUUCAACUACAGUCCUUCAGUUUCCAUACGGAAUGUGGAAGUCUGCAGUACGCCACUUACGUCAAUAAGGUCAUUCCCGACGGGCCAGGUCACGUGGGAGGACUACAACCAGGUGACGUCAUAAUGGAGGUAGACAACACCAAUGUGGAAAGGGAGGGAGCCAAGUCCAUUACUGAGAUGAUCAGGAGAACGGGACCGUCCGUUAGACUCACGGUGGUGUUCAUGGACGCCGUGCGCCGGGUCAGACUGCAGAGGAGACUGGAAGAACUCAAGUCUGACCUGUGCACCAAGAAGCUUGAGCUAAUGGACUUGGUGGAAAAGGAAAGGGAGCUGACGGGUAAACUUAGUCCGGGAAGCCAACACGGAAGCCCAACGAAAGACCUCAGUCCGACUAAAUCCCCUGCUGGCCAGGGGUUUGUGAGAGACAGCCAUGACGUAGAGAGGUCCCCAAAUAGAACAUCCCAUGUCCAAAAAUCCCCUAGCAGAUCCUCUCAGGACUCGAGCGACCUCUCUCCCGACUAUGUGGAAAUCACAGGCAGUCAAGACGACGUUUUCAGCAGCCAUGUUGGGGUACCUACAUCCGGGGUAGUACCAGGGUCGUCUGCGACGUUGCCUCCAUCCGCGAGAGCAGCAAUGGCGGGAACUUCAGGUCGCGCUCGUAGAGUGUCGUCUGACAGAGAUUCUGUCUAUGGUGAAGAACUGAAACAACUCAAGGCUGUAUUGCAGCACUUUGAGUCGCUACAGCGAUACAAGGAAGAGAAAAUAGCCUCCAACAAUUACGGAGAAACGAAGGAGAAUCCUCACACUAGUGGAACAUGGCCGCGGCAACAGUCACCCGCCAGUCGACACCGUUUGUCUCGCGAGAGAAAACGAGACCCUUCGCCCAAUCACACGGACUGUACCACAACGUACGACCGGCGACGUCAUUCUCGCAAAGGUAGUUUAGAAUCUGACACAAGCGUAGAGAACUCUGUAGUAGCUGUCUCAGCGCCUGAGUCUCCACAAGGUAGACUUUCCCGCCAAAAUAGUCUGGAAAAGGAGAAGGAACUAGAAGGACAUCUUCACGCAUUGAGAAGGAAACACAAGUCAGGCCGCCUUAGUGCCAAGUCCAGCGAUGAAGUUUACGUAUAAUAUAAGUUGUACGUAGACUUCAUGUUGUUGUAAAUAAACAAUAUUAGGUUUAAAGAGAGGUAAACAACACAUUCAUCAAUAUUCAGGAGUCAUUAAUUGUACAAGAACCAUCUCAUGAGGCUACUAGUGUAGCCUUCGCAAACGUAGAGGCCGAUUUUCGUUUUCCAAAACGGUCGUCACCUCUUAAAACGGCCGUUGCCAAUUUCUGUGUACACACGCUGUGAUUGGGCAAUUUCUAAAUGUUGAUUUACAUACGCUUUGCUUCUGGUAAGCCCCCCUCCCCAAAAAAGUUAUGAAAUGCUGAGACAUAGCAACGACCGUUUGAAGUGGCAACGACCGUUUGCAAGGCGAAAAAACGCGCUCCGUAUAGACCCUUCUGUACAAAAUUGUCACUUUAGAAUGCUGUCGACGUAUUUAUACUAGAACCUUUGGAUAUCAAUGAAACAUUUGGCUGCCAUGACAUGCGAUACCUCUCUAGUCUCUACUGUUGGAAAAAAAGUUCAGUCAGAAACGAAAACUGAAAACUUCUGUAGAAAUAAGGUUUAGAACAAGGUUCUAUUGUGUUCAUCUUGCAUUUUCCUUUUU